AUGGCCGGUAACGUUAGCGAAAAACUUGAUAAAAUUCUUGGGGAACUUAAGAAACUGGAGAAACUCGAUGCAAUUGAGGCAACGUUGAAGGAUUUAACAAGCAGAUUGGGGAGCCUCGAAUCAACUAUCAACAAGAUGAAAGAAGACGCACGUGCUGUGGAAAGUUCGAUCAAAGGUAUGGAUAAGAGUCUUACUUAUCUCAACAAAGAAGUUGACGAGCUUCGUGGAACGGUAGAAGACAAGGAUAAGCAAAUAGAAUAUUUGCACGCGCAACACCUUUAUCCCGAAUCGUACAGCAGGAGAGAAAAUCUGAAAUUUUUUGGCAUACCAGAAAACGAAGCCAGCACUUCGGAGGGGAAAGAUGUGGUUGGCACAAUUGAUGUUUUGUGUGAGUUUCUUCAUGAUGUCCUUGGCUUUAGGGAUCCAAAGAGGAAUAUGGAGUUUCAACGAGUGCAUCGGAUCGGUAAAUCUGUACCUGGAAAGCCCAGGCCAAUAUUAGCCUGUUUUUUACGCUAUCAAGAUCGCGAGACAGUGCUUCGUGCUGGGUUUGAAUUGAAAGGCACUGAGUAUAUGAUUUUGCAAGACUUCCCUUAG